AGAAAGAGCUUCUCCAUCCGGCAUUAUCGCUUGUUCCCGACACAGACAAUGGAGGGCUGAAUUUAGGACACUUGGCAGGGACGGCCUGUUUGAGAGGAUGGAGACACGGGCUGCUAAGUAGCUCAUCUCGCCAUAUAGCCAACGGCAUGAUAGCUCCCCUCUGGAAGGACAACCUGGCUGCCUGCUAAUGUGCCAUCAGCUGAGCUGAAACGCCACCAGGUGGUCCUCACUUCAACAUCAUGCUGCACCUCAUGUUGCUCCUCCACCUUCUGCUCCUUCCACUGGCUCCUGCAGAUGCAUCAAUAAGCGUGGAUGAAUUUGACUUUUAUGGAGACGAAGCCACAGGUUACGGGCCUGUGUUUGAGGAGCAGCCGGUGGACACCAUCUACCCGGAGGAGUCGCCCGAGGACAAAAUCACCAUGAACUGCCGGGCCAGAGCUAAUCCACCUGCCACAUACAAAUGGAUGCUUGAAGGUGUAGAAAUCGACUUGAAGGCCAAACAGAAGCACUACAGUCUCUCUGGGGGGAACCUGGUCAUCAGUUAUCCUGUUAAAAAUGAACAUGAAGGAAAAUAUUCCUGCAUGGCCACCAACAAGUUUGGAACUGUGAUCAGCAGGGAGGCGUCCGUACAAUUUGGCUAUCUCGAUCUUUUCUCAUCGGAGGAACGGGAGUCGGUGCGCAUCAGAGAGGGACAGGGGGCUGUGCUGCUCUGUGCCCCUCCUCCACAUCAUCCAGCUGAGCUGUCAUUCCGAUGGAUCCUCAAUGAAUUCCCAACCUUCAUCCCGCUGGACAAGAGACGUUUUGUGUCCCAAAUAACAGGGAACCUUUACAUCUCCAAAGUGGAGGCCUCGGACAGUGGCAACUACUCCUGCAUCACGUCCAGUCCGUCCAUCUCCAAGAGUGUUUUCUCCAACUACAUUCCUCUGGUGCCCUUGACAGAGCGUCCCAUUCGAAAGUACCCUGCAGACCUCAACGUCAAGUUUCCAGACACCAAUGCACUGGUGGGCCAGAAUAUCACCUUGGAAUGCUUUGCUCUGGGGAACCCUGUUCCUGAGAUCCGCUGGAAAAAGUUGGAUGGCGAACUUUCAGCCAACCAUGAGAUUCGGAUGGCUGGCGCUCAUCUACACCUGUAUAACGUGCAGUUUGAAGACGCGGGAACGUAUCAGUGUGAGGCAGUCAACUCCAAAGGAAAAGACUUUCACACAGCUCGACUGACUGUGGAGGCUUUUCCAGAGUGGGUGGAGCACAUCCGCAGCACAGAGAGAGACCUCAACAGUGAAUACAGCAUGUCCUGCGUGGCCAGCGGCAAACCCAAACCACAAAUACGAUGGCUGAAGAACGGGAAACCUUUGGGCCAGAAAGAGAUGAGAUUCAGCAGCUUGACGUUUCAAGAUUCUGGGAUGUAUCAGUGCAUAGCAGAGAAUCGACACGGAGUCAUUUUUGCCAACGCAGAGCUGCGCGUGUUUGCCUGUGCUCCAACAUUUCAGUACAACCCAGUCAGGCAAGUCAUGGUGGCUAGAAAUGGCAGAGUGGUCAUUGAGUGUCGACCCAAAGCGGCUCCAAAGCCGACCAUCUCCUGGAGCAAAGGCACUGAGCUGCUGCACAACUCCUCUCGAAUGUUCAUCUGGGAGGACGGCAGCCUGGAGAUCCUGAACGUGACCCGAGCAGACAAAGGCAAUUACACCUGCUUUGCUGAGAACCACCGGGGCAAGGCCAACAGCACCGGCUCCCUGCAGGUCACCGAGUCCACGAAGAUCACGCUGGCUCCGUCCAACGCUGACGUGAAUGUGGGGGAAAGUGCUCGAAUGCAGUGUGCGGCAUCAAAUGACUCACAUCUGGACGUCACCUUCAUCUGGUCCCUGGACGGCCGAGUCAUCGACAUGCACAAGGAGAGUCAACACUAUGAACGCAUCCCGAAUGAAAGCUUGAACGGGGACCUGCUGAUCAAGAACGCUGAACUGAAGCAUGCUGGGAAAUACACCUGCACGGCUCAAACCAUCGUGGACAACGCAACCGCUUCCGCUACCCUGGUUGUUCGAGGGCCCCCAGGUGCCCCAGGUGGGUUGCGUGUCACGAACAAAACAGACAAGAGUGUGACAUUGCAGUGGAGCGUGGGAGCCAACAACCACAGCCCCAUCUCCAAAUACACCAUCCAGUACCGGGACUUGGAUGAAGACUGGAGGAACGCCACCACCUUCCCUGCAGAUGUGGAGGGGAAUACAGAUUCAGCCACUGUGGUGGAUUUGGUGCCCUGGACAGAGUAUGAAUUCCGGGUGAUUGCGACCAACGCGCUGGGCACGGGCGAGGCCAGCAGCCCGUCACCGAAGGACAAAACUCUGGGCGCAAAUCCUGUGGUGGCGCCCUCAGAUGUCGGCGGGGGCGGCGGAACAAGCAGGGAGCUGACCAUCACAUGGACGCCUGUGCGCCAGCAAUACUUCUACGGUCCUGGUUUCGGCUACAUUGUGGCUUUCAAACCUCAAAAUGGUGAGGAGUGGAUGAGAGUAAUAGUGUCGGACCCACAGGCCAAACGCUACGUCUACAAGGACCCCAGCAUCCGUCCCUCAACAGAGUUCCAAGUCAAAGUCAAAGCCUUCAACAAGAAAGGAGAAGGGCCCUACAGUCUGACGGCUGUCGUCUACUCUGCACAAGAUGCACCAUCUCAAGCUCCAGAGAAUGUUGAGGCCAAAACUAUGGCAACAGAAGCCACGAUAUCAUGGAUGCAUAUCCUACAAAGUAAUAUCGAUGGAUACCAGAUCAAAUACUGGAGGCAUAAAGAAGAGAACGAAGCCGGGGCCAACAGGGUGGCAGUCUCCGGCAGGGAGAACCACACCACGCUGGAGGGACUGAAUCCUGACACCAAUUACAUCAUUGAGAUUCGGGGGUACAACUCUGCAGGCUACGGGCCGCCCAGUGAGCACCUGCACCUCCACACCAAGAGAGCCCCUCCCAGUCAGCCUCCUAAGAUAAUCAGCAAAAAGCAAAAGGGCCAGUAUGUGAAUAUUGCCUGGGAACAUGUCAAAGUCUUGGCCAAUGAGUCGUCGGUCAAUUUUUACAAAGUGCUGUACAGGCAGCAGGGACACACCUUAGGGACUCUUUACACAACCAUCAAGCAGGACAUCGACCUCCCCCUGCAUGCAGAGGGGGACUACGUGGUGGAGGUGCGCGCACACUCCGAGGGCGGGGAUGGAGCCGUCUCCCGAAUCCAAGUGACAGGUGGAAGUGUCAUGGCCGCCCAGUCCCUCAGCAUCCUCUCCCUCCUCCUGGUUGCUCUUCUCUGCCUGAACCUCUGAAUGUAGCGCCAUCUUUAUCUUCACUUCCUGUGAAGGAGACUCUUUCUAGUCAGCAAGGCCUUUGGGACUUAACUCCACACCUGUUUUGGUUCCACUUUCUACCUGGGACUCCAUAUUCCAACUCUUUCCUUCCCGGAAGGUUUUUGUGGAUACAGACUGACGUGGGGAAACAUUGAAAUGGACUUUAUUUAUCCACAGAAAGCCUCUUUGGACGAGUAUGAAGGAACUUAAAAUAUGCCUUACAUAAACGUCUGCACUUAUCUCUCCUGGUGACAGACGAGGUUUUUGAGAGUGGGACUGCUUCCUCCUUUUUACAUCCCCUACCAACAUUUUUAGAGCCGGAGUCAACUCUCUGGAUCCAUCCGUCGGUGCAUUCCAUGGUUGGAGGUGUAAAAGCAGCUGCGAAGGAUAAGUGGACAUGUUUAUAAAUAUCUUUAUACGUAAUCCUUCAGUUGUAUCAUUUUAUUUCGACAACUCGACCACCCUGUUUCCGAGCUUCAGUCAAAGCACAAGAGCGAUUUAUGACGUCCCACAAUAUUGGAAAUAAAUAUUGAAAAAUGGAUAUUGGCAAGGAGCGAUUACGGGAAGCAGGUGAGAUGGUAGCAGUGUAGAUAAACAAGUCUUUAAUGAAUCCUACCCUUCUCUUAUUGCGGUCAAAAGUCAGCAGCAUCAUCACUGAUCCCAGACGUCUUAUUUCCUCGCUCACAUCUGACGUCUUAGACCACCUCCAGAUUGGAUAUAUAAUCCCACCAUCUGGUCCUUGUUCUGCCCCCGAGCUUGACCUGCGCUGGAAAGUGACAUCGCUGAUAGAUUCUGCAACUUAAAAUGCCCAUCUAUGCAAAGAAGUGUCCACUCUAGCCCUUUAUUUUCAGCUGACACUUGCUCCCACAACAGUAACAGCAAUAGCCAAACUGAAUCUCCACUCUGGUUCCAUUCAUCACCUUCACCGGCUUUUAAUACAGAUGUAAGAGUUACACACACCCUUGCCAUGACCAAAAUCUUAAUCAAACUCCAUCAUGAUGAACAUGUUCCCCCUCGUGCAGGGCAAAACUGUCAGCAUGAUCGGUGAUGCAAUAUCAGAAUUGGAGGUCAAAUCAAGAUCAUAGCGUGAGUCCCUCCGUUUUUUGAUGUUCAUCUGUCCCCUACUUUCAAGUCCAACUAGAUAACAACACUGUCAACAACAGGCAGUGGCAAAGGCAUCACCUCCAUGUGAUCCAAUCGAUCAUUAAUACCAAGAACUGCUGACUUGUACGGUGAACAGAAACCAAAUACUCAACUAGAUUUAAAUUCAAAUGUUCUGGUGCUGCUCUUCUGCAUCAUGCAAACUUGGCUGAGGUGGCCCUCUUGUCAUCCCCCGUGUGAGGUGUUCUGCACCCUGAGGGAGACCCGCUAAACACCGGAGAGGUGUUGUCUCUGCCUCGGAAUCUUUGUAGAAAGCUUUGUGCACUGCAAUAACCAGCUUUUCAUCUUCGUUCCUGGAAGAGUGGAAGGAAACCAAAACACAUUCGCUAGCUGAGGUUGUGUCUAUUAGCAAAUGCUGCACAACAUUGUCUGUGAAAAUGUGCAAUACCUAAAAGCAGUCAUUCAAAAGAGCUCACGUUCUGCAAGUGUGAACUGGCAGUACACACUACUAGAGACACUACUGCACACUAGAGGUCCCAUAAUGCACUGCAACAGUACAGUUUCUUUUGCCACGACUGUGAAGGCCCCAAAUUCAAAUCAAAAUCAUGAAACUUAUUUGCACCCUGAUCUGGAAAUAUGCUCAGUAAGCAUGUUAUUGCUGGACCCGUCAAAAUAGAAACCUGAAAAUAAGCUCAUUCGUACAAAUUUUGAACUGAUGAGUCGCCGCAAGACUUGUUCUAGACUCAUUCAUAAGCUAACGCAUGAAAGUAUCUGGAAAUAAGCUAAUGAGAGGUCAUGUGAUGGAAGACGCUUGGGACCAACAUGAGAAGCUUCAGCUACAAUACAGCCCAACGUGUGAACUAAAGCUGCCCUUCUUUGUGAGUGAUUUUAGUUCCACUCUGGGUGAUGACUGAGUAGGAGGGUCACUUUUGACAGUAUCAGUGCAAUGCUACAAAUUCCGCACAACUUGUCUAUCUCCUCUAACAUCAAAGCCAUCUGUGUCGAGUCUCAUGUCUUUGUGUCUACUGUCGUUUUAUUGUUAUUUUUAAUUCAUAAGAGUUCUACGUAAAUCUAUAUGAGCAUAAUCCACUGUCGGUUUUCUUUGUGUUAACUAUGCGAGUGUUUGUCGAGACUCCCCUGUGAGACCAGUUCAAACUUGAUUUCUUCUGCUGGAGGACAAAAACGCUUCAUUCCUUUCGCUGAUUUCUGACGUCCAUGUUGUGACGAUGUCAAACGUCCAUCACAAAGUGCUUUCCCCCCACUCUUUUUCUUCAUGCAACAAGUCAUAAAAAAAGUGUUGCCAAAAUGCAUGAAUGCCUUCAACAUUUGGGUGAAGCGGUGGCUCUAAAUUCCAACAUGCAUGACAAGAGAGAUCGGUGGUUACUUCACAUCUUAGUAACGUCCCGUCCGCUCCGCUUCGUGAGGUACAUUUCCGUUCCUGAGUGGCAUCCCUUUCUGUCAGAGAAAAUAUAGAUCAAACCUAAUAUGUGCAUUAGCUGCUAAGCCAUUUCAUACCGAGCGUUUGUGUUUCUCGUCUGAAGUUCUAAGGCGGAGGGGAGAGAAAUGGUCCGGUGAUCUGGCACAUGAGGAGUUAAUCUCUGGUGGGAGCAUGUUCGGGGAAGUCCAGCCAUCUCUGGACUCAGCGUGAGGGAUGAAACUGGAUCAUCUCAUUGUCUGGAUGAGAAAGAAUAAAAGUGUAGUUCAAUAUUACCAUGUUGGUUUGGUUUCUUUUCAGCCUCUCCUCUGCUUCAAUAAACAGCAUUUGUAUCCUGUUGUCAUUCAAAGGUCUAUUCAGAAAAAUGAUUAAAAGUGCUCCAAGUGUGUGGUCUUACCGUAUGGAUUCCCUCUGUUGGUUUAAAGCGUAUUUUGUUUGCUUAUUCUGUAUCAUUUCGCCUUUCUCUGUCAGUGGCUCGACAGCUUGAAAUGUAUUUAGAAGGACUACAAUAUGGUGUCAGUGA